AUGACAUUAACUGAUUUGAUAGAAUCAAUACCCGAUGAUGCAUUUAUACAAUUUGGAAUGAGUCGCGUAGGAGUAAUUGGUGUUACUAUAAUGGCAAUAUUGUCAGGAUUUGGAGCGGUAAACAGUCCUUAUGCCACGUUAUUUUUUUUUUUAAGACAAGUUAAGGAUGCAGACAUUCAAGCAGCCGAAAAAAAAUACCUUCAUAAUUUGGAUAUAAUAUUAAGUAAGAAGAGACGUAUAAUAGUUUCACAAGUGCGACAAAGAACUACAAACGAACAAAGUUCAAGAGUUGGUGGAUUUAUGCGUAAAAUGUUUAACACCAUGGCAAAUGGAAUUGGAAUGGGUAGUGAAAGUAUUAGCAUGUUACGACAAGAAAUUACAGGGCUUGAGAACCUAAGUCGACAAUUAUUUUUAGAUAUCGAAGAUUUAUAUCAAGAGAGAGAUCGGAUACUUUAUUCGAAAACAUGGCAAGGAAAAUAUUUUAAUUUCAUGGGAUAUAUUUUCUCAAUUUAUUGUAUCUACAAGAUUAUAAUGGCAAUUGUCAAUAUUGUUCUGUUUCGUGUGGGAAAAACUGAUCCAAUUACAUACGGGUUAACAUUAACGAUUGCCUAUUUUAAUAUCAAAGAAAGAGAAAUUGAUAUUGAUUUUUGGUAUCAACAAUUAAGCUUUUUUACGGUUGGACUCAUGAUAUUUUUUUCUAUUCGAGGAUUAUUAAUUCAAUUCCUAAAAUUUUUCAGAGCAGUUUCAAAUACCGUAUCAAGAAAUAACAUUGUUUUAUUUCUUGCACAAAUUAUGGGAAUGUAUUUUCUUAGUUCUGUAUUGAUGUUAAGAAUGUCAUUACCAGAAGUAUAUAGAAAUAAAAUCACAGUGUUAUUUAAAUCAGUUGAUAUUGCAUUUUAUCAUAGAUGGUUUGAUGUGAUAUUUCUUGUUAGUGGAAUAGCAAGUAUGAUCUUUUUGUAUUUUGUACAUCAAGCAAAUAACAAUAACGUCAUGUUAAUCAGCACCAAUUCAUCUAUAAUGACACCUUCUGGAUCAUCAACUCCAUCAAAUUCACCUGGAUCUUCAAAUGGAAGUUUUACGAUAAAUUCUUCUAAUUCUCACAAUUCACCUGGGGAAUGGGAAUAUGCGGGUGGCGGAGGUGGUAAAUGGUCUUCAAGCAAUAAUUUAUAUCAUCGGGGCUAA